AUGUCUACUUUGAGCGAGGCAGAAAAGCGCAAGUUAUUGAGAGAGAGACGUGCUGCUAAAUUGAAGAAUCAGGGCUCUUCCCGUCUCCAGAAAAUUACAAACUCAAACUCCUCUUUCCAGCCAACUGCUACUAAACCUGUAGCUAAUUCUCAUCUCCAAGAAGCCCAGAUCAAGGACAAUGCUAAUAACAUUGCUAAUUCUAAUGCCAAUGCUUCCAAUACUAAAAGUGAUAAUGACACUUCCAAUAUUACAAAUGAAAACGAGAACGAAAAACGGUCAAAUCUCAAGUCUUCAUCCCUAGCAAAUUCAGCAAUCAAUGAAGACAAAAUUGAUGAGUUGUCGAUCGAUCAAUCUUCUAGUUUUAAAUCCUUUUCUGACAAUUCCAAUGCUUUCAACAGGAGAACUAAAAUGAGCAGAAUCUCAAUGAUGUUAAAUGAACCUCCAAAUCUUGAAGAAUAUGAUGAUCAUGAACACGAUCAUGAACACGAUCUGGAUCCACAAGAUCAGGAUAUCGACACUUUGAACUUUAAUGGAAGCAGUAUUGACGUUACUGAUUUGGAAAUUGAUAAAUUGUCAAAAAUUUUUGUUGAUUCUAUAAACAAAAGUCAGUUUUCAAAUGGUAAUGACCAAGAUGGUACCUUUAAUCCUUCAAUGAAUGAUUUUGUCAAGGAAAUGUUCGGAAAUGAUGAAUUUGAAGGAAUUUUAAGCAAUUUCAACCGUCAAAAUUUUAAUCAAGGAAACACUAAUAAUAAUAAUAAUUUUCCACCUGGUCAUGGCCAGGAAGUAUUAAAAUACAACAAGUAUUUAACUCACCAAUUUAAGGCAAAAUUCACCUUAUUCAAAUUUAUUAUUUUAUUGAUUGCUGUCAUUUACAGUUUUUCUCAACAUGAGACUUAUUCAUCAUUAGAUAAAAUUGCCAGAAUAGAAGAUUAUCCUAAAACAACAUUUUAUUAUUUCUUCUUAAUCUUUGAAUUUUUUUCCUCAUUAUUUUUUUAUUUGCUCUAUAAUUUCCAUUUUUUCAAAUUUGACUACAUUUUUGAUUCAAUUAUUGCUCAAUAUUGUGAAAUGAUUGGAUUUAUUGUUAAUGACUUGGCAUUUGUGGUUGUCAUAUUUGGCUUGCUCUCUUAUUUUAAUUAA